ACGGUGGGGCUGGGGUGGGGUCCUGAUUCUCCCAGUCGAGGAAGUCAACGUGCAAAUCCUUGAAGCUGAGCUCAUGGCAGAGGUCUCGGCCCAGGCAAGAGAGAGGCGGCUGGUGGCUGUCUCUUGGCCCCCACCGCUUGCGGAUAGAUGUUGCUGGAGGAGGGGGAUGUUUGUUUCUCCACCACCCACCCUCUGGUGACGUCACACCUCCGCAGCCAAUGGCUGGGAUCUCUCUCUCCUCCCCCUCCCCAUUCCUUUUCCCCCCCAGCCUAGAGCUGGGGCUGACAGACGGGACCAGGAGCUCUUGAGGUGUCUGGAGGCUCAGCGAGCCCCGGACCCAGGAGGCCCAAGGAGCUGGAGGUGACCCUCAGGCAGCAAGAACCCCGCGGAAGGGCGUGAGCGCUGCAGACAGCUGUGCGGCACCUCGGGCUGGGCUCCUGUUAGGAGGAAGUGCCUGCGCCCAGGCAGCGGCUCAGAGGCAGCUGCUCCAUGCAGAACUGAAGCUGGUUUUGCAGCAGAAAGGGGAGAGGACGCAGGAGCCUGGGGUGCAGGUGCCUCCCAGCAACACCAUGGAGGCCAGGAGCCGGAGUGCAGAGGAGCUGAGGCGGGCGGAGUUGGUGGAAAUUAUCGUGGAGACAGAGGCGCAGACCGGGGUCAGCGGCAUCAACGUAGCUGGCGGCGGCAAAGAGGGAAUCUUCGUUCGGGAGCUGCGCGAGGACUCACCGGCCGCCAGGAGCCUCAGCCUGCAGGAAGGGGACCAGCUGCUGAGUGCCCGAGUGUUCUUCGAGAACUUCAAGUAUGAGGACGCACUACGCCUGCUGCAAUGCGCCGAGCCUUACAAAGUCUCCUUCUGCCUGAAGCGCACUGUGCCCACCGGGGACCUGGCGCUGCGGCCCGGGACGGUGUCUGGCUACGAGAUCAAGGGCCCGCGGGCCAAGGUGGCCAAGCUGAACAUCCAGAGUCUGUCCCCUGUGAAGAAGAAGAAGAUGGUGCCUGGGGCUCUGGGGGUCCCCGCUGACCUGGCCCCUGUUGACGUCGAGUUCUCCUUUCCCAAGUUCUCCCGCCUGCGCCGAGGCCUCAAAGCUGAGGCUGCCAAGGGUCCUGUCCCGGCCGCCCCUGCCCGCCGGCGCCUCCAGCUGCCUCGGCUGCGUGUACGAGAAGUGGCCGAAGAGGCUCAGGCAGCCCGGCUGGCCGCCGCUGCUCCUCCCCCCAGGAAGGCCAAGGUGGAGGCCGAGGUGGCUGCAGGGGCUCGUUUCACAGCCCCUCAGGUGGAGCUGGUUGGGCCCCGGCUGCCAGGGGCCGAGGUGGGUGUCCCCCAGGUUUCAGCCCCCAAGGCUGCCCCCUCCGCAGAGGCAGCUGGUGGCUUUGCCCUCCACCUACCAACUCUUGGGCUCGGAGCCCCGGCUCCGCCUGCCGUGGAAGCCCCAGCCGUGGGGAUCCAGGUACCCCAGGUGGAGCUGCCUGCCUUACCCUCACUGCCUGCUCUGCCUCCACUUCCCUGCCUAGAGACCCGGGAAGGGGCUGUGUCAGUAGUGGUGCCCACCCUGGAUGUGGCAGCACCGACUGUGGGGGUAGACCUGGCCUUGCCGGGUGCAGAGGUGGAGGCCCGGGGGGAGGCACCUGAGGUGGCCCUGAAGAUGCCCCGCCUUAGUUUCCCCCGAUUUGGGGCUCGAGCAAAGGAAGUUGCUGAGGCCAAGGUAGCCAAGGGCAUCCCUGAGGCCAGGGUGAAAGCUCCCAGACUUCGAAUGCCCACCUUUGGGCUUUCCCUCUUGGAGCCCCGGCCUGCUGCUCCUGAAGUUGUAGAGAGCAAGCUGAAGCUGCCCACCAUCAAGAUGCCCUCCCUUGGCAUCGGAGUGUCAGGGCCCGAGGUCAAGGUGCCCAAGGGACCUGAAGUGAAGCUCCCCAAGGCUCCUGAGGUCAAGCUUCCAAAAGUGCCCGAGGCAGCUCUUCCAGAGGUUCGACUCCCAGAGGUGGAGCUCCCCAAGGUGUCAGAGAUGAAGCUCCCAAAGGUGCCAGAGAUGGCUGUGCCGGAGGUGCGGCUUCCAGACGAGGUGCAGCUGCCCAAAGUGUCGAGUGAAACUCCCAAGGUGCCAGAGAUGGCUGCAGUGCGGCUUCCAGAGGUGCAGCUGCCCAAAGUCCCAGAGAUGAAACUCCCAAAGGUGCAGAUGGCUGUGCCAGAGGUCUUGACUUCAGAGGUGCAGCUGCCUAAAGUUGUCAAGAUGAAACUCCCAAAGGUGCCAGAGAUGGCUGUGCCGGAGGUGCGGCUUCCAGAGUGCAGCUGCCGAAAGUCCCAGAGGUGAAAGUCCUGAGAUGAAGCUUCCCCAGAGAUGGCUGUGCCGGAGGUGCGGCUUCCAGAGGUGCAGCUGCCGAAAGUCCCAGAGGUGAAAGUCCCUGAGAUGAAGCUUCCAACGGUGCCUGAGAUGAAACUUCCUGAAAUGAAACUCCCUGAAGUGAAACUCCCGAAGGUGCCUGAGAUGGCCGUGCCCGAUGUGCACCUCCCAGAGGUGCAGCUGCCAAAAGCCCCAGAGAUGAAACUCCCUAAAAUGCCCGAGAUGGCUGUGCCAGAGGUUCGACUCCCCGAGGUGCAGCUGCCAAAAGUCUCAGAGAUGAAACUCCCCAAGGUGCCUGAGAUGGCCGUGCCCGAUGUACACCUCCCAGAGGUGCAGCUGCCCAGAGUCUCCGAAAUGAAAGUCCCUGACGUGAAGCUCCCAGAGAUAAAACUCCCCAAGGUGCCUGAGAUGGCCGUGCCCGAUGUGCACCUCCCCGAGGUGCAGCUGCCGAAAGUGUCAGAGAUUCGGAUGCCGGAAAUGCAAGUACCGAAGGUUCCCGAUGUGCAUCUUCCGAAGGCACCAGAGGUGAAGCUGCCCAGGGCUCCAGAGGUGCAGCUAAAGGCCGCCAAGGCAGAGCAGGCAGAAGGGAUGGAAUUUGGCUUCAAGAUGCCCAAGAUGACCAUGCCCAAGAUGACCAUGCCGAAGCUAGGGAGGGCAGAGUCCCCAUCACGGGGAAAGUCAGGAGAGGCAGGUGCUGAGGUCUCAGGGAAGCUGGUAACACUUCCCUGUCUGCAGCCAGAGGUGGAUAGUGAGGCUCAUGUGGGUGUCCCCUCUCUCACUCUGCCCUCAGUGGAGCUAGACCUACCAGGAGCCCUUGGUCUGGAGAGGCAGGUCCCAGCCACUGAAAUGCGCAAGGUAGAGCGGGCGGAGGGCCCCGAGGUCAGGGAAGUGGGCUUCCGAGUGCCCUCUGUUGAAAUUGUCACUCCACAGCUGCCCGCUGUGGAAAUUGAGGAAGGGCGGCUGGAGAUGAUGGAGAUGAAAGUCAAGCCCUCUUCCAAGUUCUCCUUACCUAAGUUUGGACUCUCAGGGCCAAAGGUGGCUAAGGCAGAGGCUGACGGGGCUGGGCGAGCCACCAAGCUGAAGGUAUCCAAGUUUGCCAUCUCACUCCCCAAGGCUCGGGUGGGGGCUGAGGCUGAGGCCAAAGGGACUGGGGAGGCAGGCCUGCUGCCUGCCCUCGAUCUGUCCAUCCCACAGCUCAGCCUGGAUGCCCACCUGCCCUCAGGCAAGGUAGAGGUGGCAGGGGCUGACCUCAAGUUCAAGGGGCCCAGGUUUGCUCUGCCCAAGUUUGGGGUCAGAGGCCGGGACACUGAGGCAGCAGAACUAGUGCCGGGGAUGGCUGAGUUGGAGGGCAAGGGCUGGGGUUGGGAUGGGAGGGUGAAGAUGCCCAAGCUGAAGAUGCCCUCCUUUGGGCUGGCUCGAGGGAAGGAAGCAGAAGUUCAAGGUGAGCGUGCCAGCCCGGGGGAAAAGGCUGAGUCCACGGCUGUGCAACUUAAGAUCCCCGAGGUGGAGCUGGUCACACUGGGCGCCCAGGAGGAAGGGAGGGCAGAGGGGGCUGUGGUCGUCAGUGGAAUGCAGCUGUCAGGCCUGAAGGUGUCCACAGCCAGGCAAGUGGUCACCGAGGGCCAUGAGGCGGGGCUGAGGAUGCCUCCGCUGGGCAUCUCCCUGCCCCAGGUGGAGCUGACCGGCUUUGGGGAGGUGGGUACCCCUGGGCAGCAAGCUGAGAGUACAGCCCCUUCAGCAGAGGACACGGCAGGCUGCAGGGUUCAGGUGCCCCAGGUAACCCUGUCUCUGCCUGGAGCCCAGGUUGCAGGUGGGGAGCUGUUGGUGGGUGAGGGUGUCUUCAAGAUGCCCACCGUGACAGUGCCCCAGCUUGAGCUGGACGUGGGGCUAAACCGAGAGGCACAGGCAGGUGAGGUGGCCACAGGCAAGGGUGGGCUGAGGCUGAAGUUGCCCACACUGGGGGCCGGAGCUGGGGUGGGGGGCGAGGGUGCUGAGGAGCAGCCCCCAGGGGACGAGCGUACCUUCCGCCUCUCACUGCCCGACGUGGAGCUCUCGCCACCCGGGGGCAACCACGCCGAGUACCAGGUGGCGGAUGGGGAGGGGGAGGCUGGACACAAGCUCAAGGUACGGCUGCCCCGGUUUGGCCUGGCGUGGGCCAAGGAGGGGGCCGAGGAGGGUGAGAAGGCCAAGAGCCCCAAACUCAGGCUGCCCCGAGUGGGCUUCAGCCAAAGUGAGAUGGUCACUGGGGAAGGCUCCCCCAGCCCCGAGGAGGAGGAGGAGGAAGAGGGCAGUGGGGAAGGGGCCUUGGGGCGCCGGGGCCGGGUCCGGGUCCGCUUGCCACGUGUAGGCCUGGCGUCCCCUUCUAAAGCCUCUCGGGGGCAGGAGGGCGAUGCAGCUCCCAAGUCGCCCGUCAGAGAGAAGUCACCCAAGUUCCGCUUCCCCAGGGUGUCCCUAAGCCCCAAGGCCCGGAGUGGGAGUGGGGACCAGGAAGAAGGUGGAUUCCGGGUGCGGCUGCCCAGCGUGGGGUUUUCCGAGACAGGGGCUCCAGGCCCGGCCAGGAUGGAGGGAGCUCAGGCUGCAGCCGUCUGAAGCCGCUGGGCAGAUGGGGAUCCCUUCUUGCCUUCCUUUCUCUACCCCCUCGCUGUUGUGUGUGUGGUAACUAGCACUAACCCUAAGAGGGCUGGGAGGUGGGUGACUGACCAUGGCCGGCGGGGAGGCCUGCUCCUGUCUCUCUGGCAGGAGUGCCUGUACCCCACCAAGCCAUGUGAAUAAAAUAAUCCGGAAGUAGC